UGUGCACUUAGCGAUGCUUGUCCGAUGUAUGUCCCAGAUUACCCUGCCGCCUAUUGUUUCCCGGCAGCUGGUAUCGAUUUUGGAGCGCGUUCUACAACCCCUGUGCCACGUGCGUGACAUACUGUUGCAUCGGAUAAGGCGAUUGAUGGGCGAGGGAUAACAAUUAGUCGUGGCUAAUGACACGCAACGCAACGGGUCUCGAAUAACGGGCGCCAGCGGUAGGUCUUCCGUCAGUACUGUGCCAGCCAGCAAACCCCCUGGAUGGAGCAGCGCAAGCAGAAAGACCACCCGACCGGUCCAGAUCCGGGCAGGGUGCGCGGUCGCCGGCUCACCAAAACGAUGAAAGCGAUCAAGAAGGGCAAAGCGAAGGUAGCGCCCCGGCGGGAGUCGAAAGCGUCCUUCGGCACGUUGCGCCUGUUCCGGCGCAGCUUCAUCUUUCAGACGAAGGAGUUCUUCGACAACUCGACGCUGCACGGCGUCCGGUACAUUGCCGAGGAGGGCCGGCCGUUCUUCGAGCGGUUCAUGUGGUUCUGCUUCGUCGCGUUCGGCUUCAUCGCGGCGGUCGUGAUCAUCUUCAGCCUGUGGGAAAAGUUCCAAACCAACCCGACGAUUACCGGGCUCGAUACGGACUUCCACAACCAGCAGGUCAUCUUUCCGACGGUGCUGGUGUGCCCGACCGCCCCGUACGACGAGGACGCGGUACGGCGGGAGGCGUACGAAACGCUCGGCGGGUACGAGCAGGGCAGCGAGGUGUACGAACCGUUCCUGAAGCUGCUCACCCAGCUGUCGUACGACAACAUCCGCGAGGUGGCGGCAAUGCUGAGCGACAUGCCGAGCACACCAGCCCUGCGCACCUCCAGCCUGCGCGAGCUGGUGUUCCGGACGGCGGUCCGGUGCAACGACACGUUCGCGGCCUGCCGCUACAAGGACGAGGAUAUCGAUUGCUGCGAGAUGUUCAAGCCGAUGUACACCGAGCACGGGUUCUGCUAUGCGUUCAACGCGCGCUACACCAAUAACAAGCAGGUGGAAAUUCUCAACUCGGAGGUGUACGUGCUGUUCGAGACGGACAAGAAGUGGGCGCUGACGUUCGAGCCGCUCCGGGAGAGCAACAUCUUCGUGCACUCGUACAACGAAAUCUCGGGCUGGGACUUUCAGCCCCAGGUCAUGUGGGACAUCGACUCGAAGGUGGAGUUUCUCAUCUCGAUGAAGCAGACGUACACGACCGAGGACGCGCAGCAGCUGUCGAUCGGGCAGCGGAAGUGCAUCUUCCCAGACGAGGAGAAGCUCCAGUACUACCAGGACAAGUACACCUUUUCCGGCUGCAUGAAGGAGUGCCGGAUCUCGAAAAGCCUCAAGUACUGCAAGUGCGUGCCGCCGUUCUACGCGCCUGUCCGUACCAUCCCGAGCUGUACCACCGGCAACUUCCAGUGUCUGAGCGAGUACACCGAGAACAUCACCAGCAUCCACAGCUGCCAGGACUGUGAGCUGGGCUGUCUCAACACCGUGUACGACAUCGAGAAGUACUCCAAGAUCAUGAAAACGGAAGAGGAGCAGCAGGAGGCGCAGGUUACGAUCGAGUACCUGACCUGGCCCAUCAUUCGCUACAAGCGCGAGGUCUUGUUCGGGUGGGUCGAUCUGCUCGUCUCGUUCGGCGGUAUUGCGGGCCUGUUCCUGGGCUUCAGUCUGCUGUCCGGCGUCGAGUUCAUCUACUUCUUCACGAUGCGCGCGUUCUGCAUGCUGUACAAGAACCGGGACGAGCUGGAAGCGAUCGAGCGGGAGCAGGUAAUCAAAUCGCUGAGCCGCCACGAGCUCGGCCUCAAGCCAGUCGCGGCCCCGGCGGGACCACCGGUGGUGCCGACCGGAGACACCCUGCCCGUGUACGAUACGGUCACCCUGCCACCGUCCGCCGACAAGCAGCAGGUGUUUGUGAAGCUGAUCACUAACGACUACAAGUCGGCCCUGCAGUACCAGGGGACCGAUCCGGCCUCCUACCCGGGCCUGAACCGGAACCGGCUCAAUCAGCUCCACAGCCAGGGCACCAGGAAGCACAAUCUGUUCCAGCUCGGGCACGCCAACUACGCCGGCAGUAAGUAUGCGGAGAAAAAGGUAACACAGUACGGUGGCGAUGGUGGUGGUGGUGUCGGGGGUGGAUAUAUUUACGACGGUUACUUGCCGUAAAAGCGGGGUGGAACCGACUCUGCGUUGUUUGCAUCUGUUUGCCAGAGAUAACUUUGAAGAUUCUGGAAUUUCAACACAGCAAACAGAAAAGAUUUUGGUGCAUCUUAAUUAAGGGAACGUGGGGCAAAAUGGUCACCUGCACUAUUGGCAAAUUAACACGUUUGAAUGAAUUAUUUCAAAUGAUUGAACAACAUGAAAUCCAGUUGUUCAAGAACACCGUGAAUUUUUCAUGAACUAAUAAAUCAGCAAAUAAAGUUUUAAUUCAAAACGAUUUAAUUUUCACCGUCUCGAAAAAAAAGCUUUCGUAAGAAUUUAGCAAAUAGUUAUAGAAGAAAAAUGAUGUGUAUCGAGGCACAAGACAUGUAUCUAUGAUUAAAGUAAAAAUCUAACUGUUUUAAUUUAAUGCAUUUUUUACGUAAAAGUUUGUGAAAUGUUUCAGCUUGGGGCAAAAUCGGCGGCUUUUUUGACUGGAGCUAUAUGAUGAGGCUAUGGUGUAAAAAAAGGUCGCUACAAUAUAUUUGUUUUACAUAAAUAAAACUAUGCUGUAUGUAUGUAUACUCUUUCGAUAAGAAAAAUGACUAUCAAGACGUGCAUUAGUAAAAUAUUCCAGCUAAUUAAUUGCAUGUAUAAGUUAACAAAACACUUAAAUAGAGAUCGAAGUGUUGUAAUCUUUAGCCUGACAAUUCUACCUAGAUGGCAGAACAUAAACCAAAGCCUAAAGUCCAACGUUGCCCCUUUGUUUUGAUGUGUUUUGAAAUUUAGUUUAUGACCAUUUUGCCCCAUAGCGAGAGCAUUUUACCCCGCACAAUUCGUUUUCCUGACUUUUGUUGAUUUUUAAAUUUCAUUUUAUACAUUUAAUUAGUUUAUAAUAUGCCUACUACAAUUUUUUCCAUCAGUCAAAACAUUAGCAUAAAGUGAUUUUUCCAAUGGGAUACAGAGCAAAAUCCUUAACAGUGCCAUUUUGACCCGCCUUCCCCUAUAUCUGAGAAUUUUUAAUCGAACUAUUCAUUACCAAUAGGUAUGAAAGCAAUUCAUCACAAAAAAAAAACAUUCAGGAUUGGAAAAUGGAAAGCGUUCCUUCAUUCAUUCUGCAUGAU